GCCGUUGCGCCCCGGGCGUUGCGGCCACAGUCGGCGAUGGAAGCCAUGGAGGAGCUGCCGCUGCCCGCCGGGCUCCGCGCCCGCACCUUCCCCGCCAAGCUGUGGCGCCUGCUGAACAGCCCCCGCGUCCGCUCCCUGCGCUGGGACAGCCGCGCCCGGGGGCUGCUCGUAGACCGCUGCCUCUUCGAGCGGGAGCUGCUCAGCCCGGGCGGCGCCCAGGGGCCGGCCCCGGGCACCUUCAGGGCCACGCAGUUCCGCAGCUUCGUGCGCCAGCUCUACCGCUACGGCUUCCACAAGGUGCCGGGCUGGCUGGGCGCCGCUACGGCGGGCGAUGCCGGCGCCUGGCUGCACUACAGCAACCCCUGGUUUCGCCGCGACCGCCCCGACCUCCUGCUCCGCAUCAGGCGCCGGACCGCGGCCAACAGGCAGCGGCGGGCGGCAGGGCGGGAGGGGCGCUGCCCCCGGCCCUGCGGCUCCCGGCAGCUCCCCAGGGCGCGGCCGCUGCUGCCGGGCGGGCGGGACGGGCACAGGCGCUUCACGGCGCUGCCCGGAGAGCGGCCGCCGCUGCCGCCCGGGCGCCCGCCCAGCGCCUUCCUCCCACUGCACAGGGAGCGGGGCCCGGACGGGCGGGAGCUGCGCUGCCCCCGGCCCGGCCGCUUCCAGCAGCUGCCCCGGGAGCGGCCGCCGCUCGCCCGGCGCCCGCCCUGCGGCUUCCACCUGCUGCACAGGGACCGGCCGGGGCCGGCCCGGCGGGAGGGGCCGAGCCGCUUCCAGGAGCUCUACGGGGAGCGGCCGCUGCCCGCCCAGCGGGAGGUGCUCCGGGUCCCGCCCUGCCACUUCCUCGGCCUCCACGGGGAGCAGCUGCCUCCGCUCGACGGGGAGGAGCUCAGGAUCCAGCCCUGCAGCUUCCCGCAGCUCCACGGGGAGCAGCAGCCCCCAGCCUGCAGGCCACCAGCUGCUGCGGGCACUUCAGCCCCCAGUGCUCCAGCUGGCAGUGCUGGCUGUGCAGCACCAACAGCCUCCAGCUCAGUGCAGAGUGCACCUGUGAAAGAGGAGUCACCACCACUGGAUCUGGGCCUUGAAGUGGAAAAAAUGAUCAGGGAGAUCAGGAGAUCCCUGUCUGAAAGGUCUCCAGCAUCACUGGCCUCCAGCUCAGCACAGAGUGCACCUGCAGAAGAGGAGUCACCACCACUGGAUCUCGGCCUUCAGGUGGAGAAGAUGAUCCGGGAGAUCAGGAGCUCCCUGCCUGAAAGGUCUCCCUCUGCUCAGGGGAAUCUUAAUGUUGCCCCUGAGCCUUCAGGAGAGGAGGACACUGUGAACAGGGCUGCAGCAGAGGAAGCUUCAUCUGGCACCGAGAGCUGCAGGAACAGUUCCCCAGAGCCCGAGGAGCCUGAUCCCGUGUGA